AGUCCGACUUUGACAAAUAUACAACAACACCGUCUCCCUUCUUCUUCUUCUUAUUUUUUUUUUCCUCGCCUGGAAAAAAAAAACCCUAAGUUUCUCAAUCUCUCACCGAUGGUCGCAUAGCCAUUCGGAUCUGGUCGACUUUGCAGAUGGAUAAAAGUACUGCUUCCUCCCCAUGGGAGAGAGCCCAAUCCCUAUUCGAUAAGACUAUUGAGUUAGAAGCCAAGCGUCACAAGGCUGCACAGUCUAGGACCCCGUCUGACCCCAAUUUGUGGCACCAAAUUCGCGAGAAUUACGAAUCCAUCGUUCUCCAAGACCAUGCUUUCUCUGAGCAGCACACCAUUGAGUUUUCGCUUUGGCAGUUGCAUUACAAACGGAUCGAGGAGUAUAGGUCGAACAUCAACGCUGUCUUGGCUUCUGGAAGCUCCAGUGCGGCUCAGAAUGCAAAGGGUCCUUCUGUGACCGACCGAGUUGCGAGACUCAAGCUCAAGUUCAGAACUUUCCUUUCGGAAGCAACUGGGUUUUACCAUGAGAUGAUCUUGAAAAUUAGAGCCAAGUAUGGUCUCCCCUUGUGUUACUUUUCCGAGGAUCAAGAGAGUCAGAAUCUGGGUGAUAAGGAUGGGAAGAAGUUGGCCCAAGUUAAGAAAGGCUUGGUAUCUUGUCACCGUUGUUUGAUAUACCUUGGUGAUCUUGCUCGGUACAAAGGAUUGUAUGGGGAGGGAGAUUCCAAGAACCGAGAGUAUGCCGCUGCUUCUGGUUACUAUUUGCAAGCAGCUUCUCUAUUGCCAGCCAGUGGAAACCCACAUCAUCAGCUUGCUAUAAUUGCUUCUUAUUCCGGGGAUGAGUUCGCUGCAACAUAUCGUUAUUUCCGGAGCUUGGCCGUGGAGAGUCCUUUCCCAACUGCCCGUGACAACUUGAUUGUUGCUUUUGAAAAGAAUCGUCAGAGUUAUGCCCAAUUGCUUGCGGCUUCCAAAGACUCAUCUACAAAGCCGAAUGGUAAAGGAAGAGGCAAAGGCAAAGGCCAAGAUAAUCCAUCGAAAGAUGCGAACGUGGCUUCUGUUCCUGAGAAGGAUAAAGUUACUAGUGCAAAUGAGAUGCUGAAAGCAUUCUGCAUCAGAUUUGUUCGUCUCAACGGGAUUCUUUUUACCCGAACAAGCCUGGAGACAUUCUUUGAUGUUCUUGCUUCCACUAGCAUGAGUCUACGAGAGCUGGUUACUUCAAGCUUAAUGGAAGAGCUGGUUUUUGGCAAAGACACCAGUGACAGCGCACUCUUCAUUGUUAGACUGGUGACGAUUCUUAUAUUCAGUACUCAUACCCCUAAGAAAGGGAUAGACUCCAAGAAAGAGACAGAUGGUCAGUCAUAUGCCGAGAUUGUACAGCGUGUGGAGCCUGCUAGAAACUCCUUAACAGCAAGUUUUCAGUUACUUGGGCAUGUGGUAGAGCAGUGUGCGCAACUGCUUGACCCUUCGUCAAGUUAUUUCUUGCCUGGCGUCUUAGUUUUUAUUGAAUGGUUGGCAUGUCGUCCUGAUAUUGCAUCGAGCAGUGAUCCGGAUGAAAGACUGACUGCUGUGAGAAACAGCUUUUGGAACCGGUGUGUUGCCUUCUUCAAUCAAAUCUUGUCGCUUGGGUAUAUUGAUGAUGUCGAAGAGGAAACUUGCUUCUCAAACAUGAGCAUGUAUGAUGAACGAGAAACUGAAAACCGUCUCGCACUGUGGGAAGACUAUGAAUUAAGAGGAUUCUUGCCAUUGCUUCCAGCUCAGACUAUUCUCGACUUCUCAAGAAAACAUUCCUUUGGAACUGAAGGUCCCAAGGAAAAGAAAGCUCGUAUUAAGAGGAUCCUAGCAGCCGGGAAAGCAUUGACCAGUGUGAUCAAGGUUGAUCAGAGUUGUGUGUAUUUUGAUUCAAAGAAGAAGAAGUUUCUUGUUGGUGUUAAACCGUUGGGUGACUUGCUGGAUUCUCAUUCAAGCCCACCUAAAGCUGAUAAUGCUUUACAAGAUAACCAAGCAAUGAUGAAUCAUAAAACUCUAGUGCUGCAACGAGAUCAGCAGAUCUACUUGGGUGAGGAGGAGGAUGAUGAAGAAGAAGAAAUUGUUUUCAAACCUCUAGUUACUGAGAAGAAGAAUGGGGCUUGUCACCAAACCUAUGUUCCUAAUGGAGGCUCAAAGAAUCCUGAUCAAGUUCCUAACGGAGGCUUCAGGAACCCUGAUCAAGUUGCAACUAUGGGGGACUUAAAAGCUCUGACUAUUUCAGAUGAAGCUUUUCAUGGAAAUAUGCUUCUGCAGCCAAGAGGCAACGCAGCUGUUCAAGUGCCUGCGUCUGUUGGUUCUAACCUUCUGGGACAUCUUCUGCCGUCAAUGCAGUCUCAGGGUGUGCAGUUGCAACAACCUCAGACACAGGCAGUGCAUCCUCAGCAAGCUCAAUCGCUGGCUUCUGCACGGGUACAACCACAGCAAUCACAGGUUUCACAGCUUCAACCACAUCAAUCACAGGUCUCACAGCUUCAACCACAUCAAUCACAGGUCUCACAACUUCAGCCACUGCAAUCACGAACUGUGCAUUUUCAACAAACUCAGGGACAGAUUUCACAUGUUUCACGGGUACAGCCACAUUCUACUUCCCUUAGUGGUAGCAACUGGUUACCAACAGAAGCUGCUAGGAGCCUAUCUGGUUUUGCUCAGAUGGGUAAUGGUCCUGUGAUGAGGAACGGGAUGCAAGGAAAUCCCGGAUUUUCCUAUUACCCUGCACACUCGUUACCGAUCCACCAGUCUUUCAAUGUCAAUGGUAUGGGUGGUAUGCCAUAUUCUCAGACACGAACACCGGAAGCUGGGUUGCCAUCCAUGAGUAAUACUGUUUCAUCUUCUGGAGUUAUUGCUGAUGGCCUGGGUGUGCAGUCUUCAGUAGCAAGAAAAACUCCAAUCGGUAGAGCCUCCAGGCAUCUCGGGCCUCCACCUGGGUUUAACUCUGUCCCCUCUAAGCUGGUAAAGGAGCCAGCACCUGGUCCGGAUAUGUCUGGUAACAAUCCGCAGGUUGAUGAUUACAGCUGGUUGGAUGGAUACCAAGGCCAAUCUUCUCGAGGCACCGGUUUCAACAGUUCUUUGAAUUACGCUUCUUCUGAAAAACCAGAGCACAUGGGUACCGGUAAUGGACUAAGCAGGCCUGCCAACUUUCCGUUCCCUGGAAAACAAGCUCCAUCAUCACAGAUCCAAGAAGAAUUUCCCUAUGUUCAGCAUCCUCAGAGAGACAACAACGAUCAAUCAGCUCAACUCCCAGAUCAAAGUCAAGGACAGCCCAGUUGGCCGAGCCGUCGCUUUGUGUGAAAUCACAAUGGAAGAGGAGUAACACACGGUGAGUGUUACGCAAUGUUUUCUGCUACCUAACUCCAUCUAAGCCUCGUUCUGUUGAAGUCCCUCUAGUUGGAGUAUUUGUAGCCUUGGCUUCUUGUGGGUCACUUCCUACGUGACAGGAGACAGCUCAUGUUGGUGAAAGAGAUGUAUGGUAAACAAGAAUGAAUGGUUUCUGGGGAUUUGAUAGGGAGUAAAGUGCAUUUCUCUUGCUACUUGAAGUGGAGAUGUUAAGACCAUAUGAAUGAAUAAGCUCGCUCUGGAUGAAGCACACUUUGUCCUCUUUGCAUCUUUAUUUAUUUUCUUGCGAAUAAUGUUUAGUUUUUCUCUCUUGGGUUGCUUUGCCUUGCUCUCAUUUGUUGUGUUUUUUUUCGAAUUCUUGAGUUGAGCAUCAUAAAUUGUCAAAAACUCUGCAAGUGGGAUUGAAUAAAAGACUCAUUUCUCUUA